AUGGCGCGCAGUGCAGCCAAGACUCAGAACGCCGCAGCCAGGAACAGGCCUUGGCCACAAUUACCCAACGCCGGAGACUGCUUGGGGAGGCGCCUGGUCCAUAGCAAUGCAUCCGAGUUUGAAGUGAGAACCUGGACAGAGAUCCAGGAGCCCUGUGGGAGCCGGGCCUCGGACGCCUGCACCCAAAUCCCCCAGAUCUUUCUGUCCCUGCUCCCUGGGCACAGGUCAGGUUUGACCCAUGGCAACACCCAAUUCCACCAGACCAGGGUGUGCAAAGGCCUCCCAGCCGAGCUCCAGGAUGGGUCACAGCCCGCCCUGCAGCACCUUAGCUCCCCCGCCUCUAACAAGGCCAGCCGCCUGCGCUCUCUGACCCUCCCAGCGGCCCAGCUUCCUCCAGCUGCAGAGGUGGGCAGCCCUAUCUUCCUGCAUGAGCAGGUCGGGCAGGACAGUCCUGUGUACCCUGGAGGGUGGAACAGACUGGCCCCGCCAGAGGGCCCGGGGCAGUGCCCGCUGAGGACGCGCCCCGGCGAGCGCCGCGUGCACGUGGCGCGAUCCCCGGCCAGACCGGCCCGGCACCCGCCCCCUUCGUCUCCCCCAAGCCGGUCCCCGGCCCCCGCCGGUUCCUCCUCGGCCCCGCGGCCGCCGUGCGUAAGGAGUGACGCAGUGCCGCCCGCCUCGCGCCCCGCCCGCCCCGCGCCUCCGCCGCUGCCGCCGCCACGAUCCGGCCGGGCUCCAGGGGCCGCUAACGGUCCCGCGCCCCUCGGCGUCCGCGCCCCCGCCCGGCGCCCCCCGCCCGGCCGAGCCGGCGCCGGCGGGGCUGGCGCGAUGGGGGCGGCGGAGCCGCUGCGCUCGGUGCUGUGGGUGAAGCGGCAGCGCUGCGCGGUGAGCUUGGACCCUGCGCGGGGGUUGCUGCGCUGGUGGCCGAGCCCGGGGCCCGGAACCAGCGUCCCCGGUGCGGAUGCCUGCUCUGUGCCUGUUUCUGAGAUCAUCACCGUUGAGGAAACAGACAGUCGUGGGAAAGACUACAGCAGUGGAAAAUGGCAGAAAAUCGAAAAGCCUCACGCUUUCACAGUGCACCGAGUGAGGAGAGCCCGGCGCCACCGCUGGAAGUGUGCCCAGGUGACUUUCUGCUGCGCCGACGAACAGCUGUGUCACCUGUGGCUACAGACCCUCCGGGAGCAGCUUGAGAAGCUGACAUGUAGACCAAAGCAUUUACUAGUGUUUAUCAACCCAUUUGGAGGGAAAGGACAAGGCAAACGGAUCUACGAACGGAAGGUGGCGCCAUUAUUCACGCUGGCCUCCAUCACCACUGACGUCAUCGUUACUGAACACGCCAACCAUGCCGAGGAGAGUUUAUAUGAGAUGAAUAUAGAUAAAUAUGACGGAGUCGUCUGUGUCGGUGGAGACGGCAUGUUCAGCGAGGUCCUGCACGGCCUGAUCGGCAGGACGCAGAGGAGCGCAGGCGUGGACCCGAACCAGCCGCGGGUGGCCCUGGUGCCCAGUGCCCUGCGCAUUGGCAUAAUCCCGGCAGGGUCAACAGAUUGUGUGUGUUACUCAACGGUUGGCAUCAACGACGCAGAAACAUCGGCCCUGCACAUCAUCGUGGGGGACUCGCUGUCCAUGGACGUGUCCUCCGUGCACCACAGCGGGGCGCUGCUGCGGUACUCGGUGUCGUUGCUGGGCUACGGCUUCUACGGCGACAUCAUCAAGGACAGCGAGAAGAAGAGGUGGAUGGGUCUCAUCAGAUACGACUUCUCAGGCUUGAAGACCUUCCUGUCACAUCACUGCUAUGAAGGGACCGUGUCUUUCCUGCCGGCACAGCACACAGUGGGGUCUCCAAGAGAUAGGAAACCAUGCCGGGCAGGAUGCUUUGUGUGCAGGCAAAGCCGGCAGCAGCUGGAGGAGGAGCAGAAGAAGUCGCUGUACGGCUUAGAGAACACAGACGAGGUGGAGGAGUGGAAAGUCGUCUGCGGGAAGUUCCUGGCCAUCAACGCCACGAACAUGUCCUGUGCGUGUCCCCGGAGCCCCAGGGGCCUCUCCCCAGCUGCCCACUUGGGAGAUGGGUCCUCAGACCUCAUUCUCAUCCGGAAAUGCUCCAGGUUCAACUUCCUGAGGUUUCUCGUCCGGCACACCAACCAGCACGACCAGUUUGACUUCGCUUUUGUUGAAGUUUAUCGCAUCAAGAAAUUCCAGUUUGUGUCGAAGCACGUGGAGGACGAUGACAGUGACGUCGGCGAGCGGGGGAAGCAGCGCUUUGGGCACAUCUGCAGUCACCACCCCUCGUGCUGCUGCACCGUCUCCAACAGUUCCUGGAACUGCGACGGGGAGGUCCUGAACAGCUCGGCCAUCGAAGUGAGGGUCCACUGCCAGCUGGUCCGGCUCUUCGCACGAGGAAUCGAAGAGAAUUCGAAGCAGGAGUUUUGCGGCUAAGGCGCUGUCGUGGACCACCCGCCAGAUUCUCACUGUCCUCAGAAGUGUGAAAACCAAGGAAAUAUUGCAGACCAAUUAUGUGGAUACAUGCGGUUACAUUUAGAAAUUUAUUUUUGAUAGUUAAAUCUUGAUUUUAGAAAGGAUACCUUCUGUCAAGUUUUGUGAACGCAUUGGCAUUUUCAGUUUUGUGUGAAUCUUGGGGUUGCAUUUCACAGAACUUACGCUCGGCAAACAGCAACUGUUGAUUUGGGGGCUUCUUCUAUGUUAACAGCACAGACAGCGCAGAGUUUAAAACUGCCCCUUAGUGGCCCCAUUGCAAUAAUCUUAGGGGUGAUAAAUAGGAGUGUUCCCCAUCCAGGCGGCACCACCUGGACACAAGGUGUUCACUCUGAUCCACGCUGGGAGACCGCGGCAGUCGCUCGUGGACAGGCUGUGGAAAGCAGCCACGCUGUGUUGCCUCAUCUUACCUUCAUCCGAGCUCACUUAGGGUCCUCACUGGAUCCCUCCUGCUGUGCAACUACAAUGCAACGUCACCCUGCUUCCUUCAGGCAGCCCCACACGGGACCAUUUCCAAGAGAAGGGCACGGAGCCGGAAGUCCUCCUGUCACGCUCACCGCGCGCUUCCAUUGCGUGGUGCUCCUGAGGCAGCCCGGCUGGUGGCAGGAGCAGGUCGUGAGCUCUGGAACAGGCAGCACGCCCAGCACCAGCACACGUUUCACCGUUUUCAAGUUACGAUGCCGGUGCUUUGUGGCGACACAGAGUAGGUGGCCUAGCUGGGAUUCCCAAGGGACAUGGACAGAAGCUGGCGUGUAGUAAGUUCACUUUGUGAAUUCUCUGUAAACUUCAGACCCUGCCCCUGGGGGGCUCCACAUACCAGGGGUUAUGUUGGUGCAGCCCUCGAGUCUCUACGCGUGGUCCAGGUUUUCUUCUUACCUUCACAUUUAUUCCUAUGUAGUUAUUGAAGUUUUCUCCUUUUCAAGCAGAAUAGUACGUAGGUGUCGUCACCGUUAGUCUGAGUUUGCUGCCUGCUGUGGGGCUGGCUGCGGCGCCCGGAUCCUGUGCAGGCGCCCCCUCCCCGGCGGCCCUGGCCCUGUGGUGUUUGCACUCCAGGCCGAGGGAAGAACAGUUCUGUCUGCGAUACAAGAUGCAGCUUAACUUGUGAUUCGUGAAGAGAGGGAGCACGCGCGUUACAGGAGGCGAUUCUACACGGUGUAGCCUCAUGACGGGCUCUCACUUCAUGUAGGUUCAGUUAGUCUUUUUAGCUUUUGACAAACAUCAUGUAUUUUUAGAAUUCACUGGCGCCGACUUAUAUUUUGAAGUAUAUGUGAAAUUACCUAUUUCAUCUUGCAGUCCUACCCAGUCAGACAAAAGGGCAGCUGUAACAGUGGGGUUUUUUUAGUAGACCACAUUAUGAAAAAAUUGUGGGUGGAUGAAAAGUCUGGUGUAAAAAGUAGAUACACACAGGCCGCCUGUAUUCUUAAUGUUUGCUCCUGGGUGCGAAGAAACCAAAGAUGAGGACUGGCAGCUCCAUGGAGCCUGGUGGGCCCUGCUGGUGAGGCGCUCGUGGGGGAGGGGUGUCCCUAGCCCCUCCCUACCACUGUGUGGAGUCUUGCUGCGUCACAGGGUCUCCCCAGUCAGUCCUCGGGCUUUGUCUUCCCUGAUCAACAUUUCCAGUGCACUAGUCCGCCUGGAAAUCCACUGCCACUUGUAGAAAAACAGUCCAGGCCAGGGAGUGAGCAUUUCCUGUUGGACCAGAACCCCAGCCACGCCCCGUGGUUCCCAAAUGGCUCUGGCAGUGUGGCCCGACUGCAUGCUGACAUUGCAAACCUGGGAAGUGUUCUUGGAGAUUAUGUGAUGGUGGAUGGCCGAGAGCCUGAUAACCUGCAUGGGAUGGAAGUACCUUCCCCACGCAGGAAGUUCAGGCUGCCACGAAGACUCUAGAUGGAGCGACCACAACACCUGCACACUGGGGUUUUAAGAAAAAUUAUCAGAACGCCUGGCUACGUAGUGAAAACUUAAGCUCACUUACAAGGGUUAGUCUGUUUUAACUUCCUUUGCUCACUGGCGCAGACACGAUGAGGCAGCAGUUAUGCUCUGACCUUAUUCCUGCUUAUUCUAGUUACGAAGUGACGUACCGCCCGUCGCUGGGCAACCGGUGUGACUGUCCCUCCGCUCUGUGUCACUGGAAUAUGGCUGGAAGGGUCACUUAAUUUCCUUUCUAAUCUUGCUGGUUUCAAGAUUGGAAAAUGACCUAUUUGUUCUGAUAUGUUUGAGAAGACACAAAUAAAGUUACUUUGGACAGAA